GACUUUCGAGUUGUUUAAAAGUUUUUGAAGAUCAGAACUUUGGAAGCCGGCUGUCUGUAGGUUAUUGAAGUGUCCAAGAAUCACUCUUCAAAUUACAAUGGCACUAAAUAAAUUGGGAAUAGAUUCUCUGAGCCUUCAGGGGAAGAGAGUUUUGAUGCGUGUGGAUUUCAAUGUGCCUAUGAAAUCAGGAAACAUUACAAAUCCUCAAAGAAUUGUCGCUGCCUUGGAUAGUAUCAAGUACGCUCUUGAUAAAGGGGCAAAGUCAGUGGUGUUGAUGUCCCACCUGGGGCGACCAGAUGGUCAAAAAAACCCACAGUAUACUAUGAAGCCAGUUGCUGAUUUGCUCAAAAAUCUACUCAAUAAUUUUCUUAAAACCACUUCGAGAAAAAGAAACUACUGGGAUGAAAUAUAUAAGCAGUCUGGUAUUCUCAACAAACCACCAUCCUUAAUCAGCAGAUUUUCUGAAAAGGAUGUGAAAUUCCUGAACGACUGUGUUGGACCAGAGGUCGAACAGGCUUGUGCAAAUCCUGAAUCAGGUUCAGUGAUUCUCUUGGAAAACUUACGUUACCAUAUCGAAGAGGAAGGCUCUGCGAAGAACGAUCAAGGAGUCAAGGUCAAAGCUGAUCCAGCUAAUGUAAAGAAGUUCAGAGAAUCUCUGGCCAAACUUGGAGACGUUUAUGUGAAUGAUGCUUUUGGCACCGCUCACAGAGCUCAUAGCUCCAUGAUGGGCGAAGGAUUUCAACAAAGAGCGGCCGGCUUCCUCAUGAAAAAAGAACUCACCUACUUUUCAAAGGCCUUAGAUAAUCCGGAAAAGCCUUUCCUCGCAAUAUUAGGAGGAGCAAAAGUUGCUGAUAAGAUUCAGUUGAUUGAGAAUCUGCUUGAUAAAGUCAAUGAAAUGAUUAUAGGCGGAGGCAUGGCCUAUACUUUCCUUAAAGAAUUGAAUGGAAUGAAUAUUGGAACUUCUCUGUAUGAUUCCGAAGGUGCCAAGAUUGUUAAAAGUCUGAUGACGAAAGCGCAGAAAAAUGGUGUCAAAAUUCAUUUGCCUGUCGACUUUAUUACAGCCGAUAAAUUCGCAGAAGAUGCUACAGUUGGAGCAGCGAGUGUUAAAGACGGUAUCCCAGAAGGCUGGAUGGGACUGGAUAUUGGACCAGAGACCCGCCAAUUGUUCAAGGAUCCCAUUUCCAGAGCGAAAAUAAUUGUGUGGAACGGGCCCGCUGGAGUUUUCGAGUUCGAAAAUUUCGCUAAUGGAACAAAAGCCCUGAUGGAUGCUGUUGUAUCAGCAACUGGAAAGGGAACCACGACCAUUAUUGGAGGAGGCGAUACAGCUACCUGUGCAGCGAAAUGGAAUACUGAAGACAAAGUAAGCCACGUUAGUACUGGAGGUGGUGCUAGCUUGGAGCUGUUGGAAGGAAAAGUUCUUCCUGGGGUUGCUGCUCUUAGCAAUGCUGCUUGAAAAACUCCUUCCUAAUUUGUUGUAAGCAUCGUGCAAUCCAUGUCGAGAAAUCGGUCGCCUUUAACCUAACUUUUAAUUAAUAAUUAAUAUUCUUCCAAUACAUUCGAGUUCUUUAUGAGCUAAAAUGAAGUUAGUUUCAACUCCAAUUAUAUUUUUUCAUUUUUAUAUAAGAAUGUUGAAUUUAUUCAAUUGUACCGAAUACAUUUUUCCUAUGCAAAAUCACUUCAAUUUUCGAUAAUUUAUAUUCCUAAAAUAAUUAGCAGUGUCAUUUCAACUCUGUAUUAAUCAUAUUAUUUGUUGGAAUAUAAAAUUCCAAAUAAUCAUAACAAUAAGUGAUGUAAAUCAUGUUAUAGUGCUGUUGUAUAUGAUCGAUAAAAAAACGAACACUAUUGAUAAAAUUUCGUUGUAAAAAUGAUGUUUUGAACACCAAUACGUUUUUUCAAAUACGUUAUCAACAUUGCAUUGGUUUCAUCUAGUAAUCUUAUAAUAUUGUGUUAAAUAUUCGUUCCUUUAUUUCCACGUAUAAUCUAUAGAUGUUGAACUUUUGCAAAAUUAUAUUUGUUCAAAUAUUAA